AUGUUGAAACGAGGCUCAAAUGUUAUACGCCGGUGGCGCUUUUCUGUUGUCUCUAGGAGAUGGCUGAGCUUGAAUGCCGACCUGGAAAAAGCACUCGAUGGGCUUCCCGACAACGGUGUUGUCGUUGUAGGGGCUGGACAUGCUGGUUGCGAAGCGGCCGCUGGUUCCGCCCGUUCUGGUGCCAAAACCAUACUGGUAACUCCGUAUCUCGACAGAAUAGGCACCUGUUCGUGUAAUCCGUCAAUGGGAGGCGUAGGUAAGGGAACUCUGCUGAGGGAAGUGGAUGCUUUGGAUGGUCUGGCGGCCAGAAUCACCGAUAAAGCGGGCAUACAGUUCAAGAUGCUAAAUAAAAGUCGAGGAGCCGCCGUCUGGGGACCGAGAGCCCAGAUCGAUCGAGAAAUUUAUAAGAGAGAAAUGCAACAUGAGCUUGGUAAUUAUCCAAACCUGUCUCUUCAUGAGGGUAAGGUCAAGGAUUUGAUAAUCGAUCGUCGAGUUCCCGCAACUGCCGGUCAAUACGGAGCUGUGAGGGGUGUGAUUUUGGAGGAUGGAAACAUCUUGAAGUGUUCUAAGGUGGUCAUCACGACGGGCACUUUUCUUAGUGCUGAGAUCCAUAUUGGAUUGAAAUCGUAUCCUGCCGGCAGAAUCGGUGAAGAACCGACGUACGGAAUCAGCUCCACAUUGGCCGACGCAGGGUUCAAAUUGGGCCGGUUGAAGACUGGAACUCCUGCACGUUUAGACGGAAGAACAAUCGAUUAUACACAUCUGGAAAAGCAGUAUGGUGACCAGCCGCCGCAUACUAUGAGUUUUAUUAAUGAUAAAGUUUCAGUCAAGGAACAGGUUUUAUGCUAUGGGACACAGACGACGCCAAGCUUACAUGACUAUUUGCGAUCAAAUUUAGAUCAGUCGGUACAUAUCAGGGAAACAGUAAAGGGCCCACGCUAUUGUCCCUCUAUCGAGGCAAAAAUUAUCAGAUUCGCAGACAGGACAUCUCACAGGAUUUGGUUAGAACCAGAGGGCUUGAAUACGGAUGUGGUAUAUCCAAACGGUAUCUCCAAUUCAAUGCCUGAAGACGUACAGGAGAAGAUGAUGAAGAUGGUUCCAGGCCUAGAAAACGUCAAGAUUCUUCAGCCAGCUUACGGUGUUGAAUAUAAUUACGUGGAUCCGAGACAAUUAAAUCAAACGUUGGAAACCAAGAUAAUCCCAGGGCUAUAUUUGGCAGGCCAGAUAAACGGUACGACUGGGUAUGAAGAAGCAUGUGCUCAGGGUGUUGUGGCAGGCAUAAAUGCCGGUUUAGCUCUCUUAAAGAAAGAACCUUUAAUAUUAUCACGUUCAGAUGCCUAUAUCGCUGUCUUGAUUGACGACUUGAUUGUGAAGGGUAUCGAAGAGCCCUACAGAAUGUUUACUUCUAGAUCCGAAUUCAGAGUUAGUGUUAGGGCCGAUAAUGCUGAUCUGAGACUUACAGAGCUUGCCCGCCGCCUAGGUGUGGUAGAAGACAAAAGAUGGAAUAAGUACCAAGCUGACAAAGAUAUUUACAACCAAGUAAUUUCUGACCUCAAAGGAUAUGAACUUAGUGCCAGCAAGUGGUCAAAUUAUAUGGGUAUCGCGGUCGCGGAUUCUGCCAAAAAAAGGUCAGCAUGGGAGCUAUUUAGGUUUAAUGGCGUCAGCUUGGAGCAAAUGGCUGAUAUCCUGUCAGAUCUGAACAUCAGAAUGGGUGACAUUCCUCGGCAUGUUGCCUUGAAAGUGAACGUCCAGGGAAAAUACGAUCCUUAUAUGGCGAAACAGCAUCAAUAUGUCAAAGCAUUCCAAGCCGACGAGCAUAUGGUUCUUCCCUCGAAUUUUGAUUACUCUACGCUACCGACUUUGUCCUCCGAGUGCAAGACACUUCUUAACACAAUUCAGCCAUCGACAAUCGGCCAGGCUCGGAGAAUUCAAGGGGUUACUGCUUCUUCCUUGUUUGAGCUCUACAGGCUGGUGAAAUCGCAUCAAAAAACCCAAGGCCGCCAACUUUAA